UUCAAAAGACGCGCACUCCGUGAAAUUACCGAAUCGAGUGUGGAGCCGCUACUAUUCGGAAGAAAUUCGUGUCAGUUUUAUUAAAUCAUUAACAAAUGUUUCCCAGACGCUUGUUUUACAGUAUAGUGGUAACAUAUAUCCCAACUGGAUUUGUUUAUUUGUAGUAAGCGUCCGUUAGGCUGACGGGGCAGGACAGGUGAAUUAUAGAACUCUGAAUGAUUGGUUCUGGCCACUUUACAUCCAAGUAGAUGUAUCAUUCACCAGCGGAAGUUUAUCACGGCUCUCCUGUCCGACAGUCUGCAAGGACGGGCCACGAUCAUGUUGUGGCCCCAACAUCAGAAAUCACUGUUCUAACAGACAGAAGAAUUGGACCUCGGACUACCUUGGUACUGAACUCGACAGUGCAGCAUGCAGUGGAGUCUGGGCCACACAUUACAUGCGAGCUGAGCAGCAUCAACGCUACAGUGGCAGAGCACCAACUUUCUAAGCACCAAGCAGCAUCUGUUCCUGCACCCAGACUGCUCACUGACACACCAGCCAAAGUGUUUGCCAGGCUAAAGGCAAAGGUUCAACGGCAGAACCUCAAGGAGUGCAAGGAAGAUGCGCUAAACGCGCAGAUGGACAAAAACGGCUUAUUCCACCUGAAGAUGCAGCAGUCACAGGCUGAAGAUACUGUCCAGGAAGGCCAAGAAACUUAUGUGCUCACACUUUCACCUCCUAAGUCCCAGAAGAUGACUUGGCAAGUAGGAGAAACGCCACCAACUGCCGAUCUUACCACAAAUGUGGAUGGAGAUCGAGAAGGGAAAAGUGAUGCUUAUUCAUUUUUUGAGCCAGUUGUUCUGCUGGAGAGGAUGCCUGCUGAGGAGGUAUUCACACAAAUGAAAGCACGGCAAAAGAUGGAGAUGAAUAACGUUAAGAGUUCCAAGGAUCUAAACAGAGAGCCUUAUGUUUUGCUGGAGUGCAUGUCUUCCAAAGAGUUAUCCGCUCCGAUGGGACAGUUGAAGCAGCUGCAAAUUAUGAAUCGUGUUUGCAAAUCACAGCGUGUCAGAAACAAGGGCUGUCGAGGCGUAUUUGGUGAUAUGAGUUUUAAAGAUGAUCUAGAAGAUGAAACUGAGGAGGACGAAAGUGAUACAGUGGAUGAUGGGUGUGCCCAAGUUCUGUGCCACACCAGCCAGACAGAGCCACAAAGACCCGAACAUGCAGCUGGUAUCCAAGGAGGACCACCCCCUCAGGCCCUUCCGAGCGUAAUGGAAGAUUCUCUCCUACAACUUUCUCCUCGCAUCCUGAUACCUCGAAAGCAAGCUACGGUCUUUAAGUCCAAACAACAGAACGAAACAGAAGGAAUGGAUAAAGGUCAAGAAGCAAGGAACAGUGUAGUAGAGGGGAUUCAUUUAAGAGAAUGGACCUUGAAGCUGCAACAAAACAAAGAUCUUGUUGUUGAUGGUGUUCGUUUAGACAACAAGGUACCGUGGCACAGUAGCUGCAUCACUGAACGAGUUUCGAGUAAUGUGGUUAAAACUGCGUCUGGCAGUACCUAUGUUCUUAUUGGAAAGAUGUCACACUACCACAACUCGCCUUUUCCUUUGUGGUUUUUGAAGAAGUUUCUUUUUGGGUUUCCGGAAAUGUGGAAGGAAUACUUGAACACGUUUCUGGCUGACUGGGAAGGGUCUGAAAAAAGUCGAAAGAGGAUCAACUCGGCACCUUGUGAACAACCAAAGAAAUGGCCCUCAAAAAAACGAAUUUCCAAACCUCCAAAGGCUAAGGACCCUGUAACCUCUUUUGUUAGUCCUACUGGCAGUGUCCGACCUCAUAGUGCAACAGUUUCCCGCAGUGGCCGACUUAUCAAGCCUCCUCUGGACUACUGGAGAGGAGGGAGGAUAAUUGUAGACUCUGAUAUGAAUGUUACUAUCCAUGAGGAUUAUGCAGCAACCUCCAUUUUGUUAACGCCUAAAAGAAAACCGGUGGUAAUUGCAAAGUCACAGACAAAUUCAAAAGACAAGCUAGGUGUGUCCAAAGCUUCAGCUGAAGAUUUGCGUGCCAGUGAUGAAGAUAUGUUGGCACCAAAGAGACGUGUCAAACAUCGUUCUAAGUGUCAAAAGAGCCUUCAGGGAAACAAAACCUUGAAUGGUUCAAAGAAGAGAUCCUUGGAUGCUGUCUCCAGUUCUGACUCUGGUUCUGACCGUGCAGCAACACAGCCCGCUACUCAGCAGCCACAGCCUGACAAGAUAUAUUUGAGGAGAGGACGGUCCUAUUCUAGAGGAAGAAACUCUACUGGCUCAGAAUGUGAAGUCGCUGAGGUUAACUCAGGAACAUCUGCUGUGGGUUCUGUGCUUGGUCUGCAUGCUCGGUCAUCACCCGACGAUGGUAAUUUUGCACUCCAAGGCUCUGAAAACGGACAGCAAACCAGGCUUAUAAGGAAGCCUCUCAAGAGAGUAAUUAAGAGUGAGCUGCUCUCAGCUCCAUUCUCUGACUCUGAUGCCAAAUCUUGUCGCACACGUUCCAGAGUCCGGAAUAUUGCGGAUUCAAAUGACUCAUUCAAUCCUCCUAAUGUUCAAAAAGCACCAAAAGCAGGCCAUAAAGGCAAACAGGUUCUGCAUAAACCUCCUACUUCGGAGGCAGAGAGUUGUGACUUGCAAAUGGAACAAGAAAAAAUGAGAAAUUUUGAAAAAAGUACUCAUAAACGAAGAGUUCCACAGAAAUAUAAGACUUACAUUUUGAAUGCAGAUGAUGUUGACGCUGUCCUUUCAGAACUGGGAAGACAAGACAAAAAAAAGACACCAUCUAUGACAAGACAGAGAAAAGUUUCAGGAGCUUCUGAAAGGGACACAAAUAGACUGACUUCACCAGACAGCACAUGUUCAGAGCAGUCAAAGGAGGUGGAUGAUACUCAAUCAAUUGUGCCAAAUAACUCUGGUAAGAAACAGAAGGCAUCAGUGAGGGGCAAAGCAGGAAACGAAAACAAUAGGCAAACCGUAAAACAGAGUGAGAGUGAGGAAGAUGCGCCAGAUGGAAAAUGGUCAGAGAAAGAACUUCAAAAACUUAAUGAGGCUGUAAAUUCCUUACCCAAGCACAAGCGUGGCUACUGGGUAAAUGUUGCAUUAGUAGUUGGCACCCGCUCAGCUGAGGAGUGUCAGGAACAGUACACUGCACAUUACCAAACUCGUGCAAGACCAAGAAGAAAACAGAAGGAAAAGGCUCCGAAACCACAUGAACCAGGAAAGGAAACGGCUCAAAUCACUGCCAAGGUUGGAACACUAAAGAGAAAGAAACAGAUGUGGGAGUUCUUGGAUAAGAUGCCCAAAGAUGAUCAUGAUGAUGUCUUUACUGGCUCACCAGUGUGCAGUAAACAAAUCAAGUUGCCUGUAUGGUCUACAAAUGGAGAUGAGCCAGACUUCAGCCAGCUACAGAAUCCGCAGACCCCCAGCUCAAGCGUCUUCUCAACAGUGAAAACUCCUAAAUGUCUGCACAUUACUCCAGGAAUGCUGGGGUCUGUUAAUAGGAACAACAAUGAUAAGUACAUGUACCACCUACAGAAGGUGAAAAAACAAGGCAACCAUGGCAGAAUGGCCAACCCAAAGGACACACCUACUCAAUCAGUGAAGAAAACCAAGAAGAGAUGUGUUGCUGAAGAUGAUAACUUUGUUGUGUGGAACAUGCUGUCUGACAAGGAUGUUCCGUCAGCAGGAGGUGAUGAGGAUGACGAAGAGGAUGAUUACUUCAUGGAAGAUUACUAAGUAAAUAUUGCAG